AUCCAAACACCCUGGUAGAGCCGGAUAUGAGCUCAAACGAGGCCACUGACAGCGCGCGCAACGCCAAUGGCAACGCCGACCUGCCCGCAGAGCGCAUCAAGGCCUUGAGCGAAAUCAAAGAGGCCGUCCCCCAACUAGUCCGCGCCGCCGGUCUUGCCAUUGACGCGCUUUCCAACCGCCCUCUCAACGGCGACUCUACUGCCGACGCCCUCCAAGCACGCAAGGACGCUUUCUCGACGCACACAGCCGAAUACUUCCAGAAGCUUAAAAUGAUUGGCGAACGGCUCAACGACGAAGCGCAAGCGCUGGCCGACGCAGGCGUUAUCCCAGCGACGGCGGAGAAGCUCGACGAGCAAGCCGCCAGUGGCAAUAUUAAGAACGGUGGAAUGGGCGAAUUGGAUAUUGGAUGGCUGAAUGCCCGCGCCAAGGACCCUGGUGUAGAGAAAGCACUAGAAUUGUUCGACGAAGCGGAAGAGAGACUGAAAAUUAGGGUGGAAGAAAGGGAGAAAGGAGAAAGGCGACGUGAAUGACUAAGAGUAGGAAGAUCUCCCCGAUUUGAUCAUUACGAAAAAUUACGACAUUGGGAAGAGGGCAGGUUACAUUUCCUGGAGUUAGUGGGAUGUUCAAGAAAUGGAUUGAGCGGGAGCGUUUUCAUCAGUACGAAUAAAUACCCUCAGCAGCUGACAUGUCGGUGACAUGUCGACCACUCGGCGUUAUAAGGCGUCGAGACACGAAGAUACAAUAAAACCAG